UGCCCGGGAAAAUGGCGGCGCCGGGGUGGGCGGAGGGAGCGUUGUAGCGCCCGGUGCCGUCCCCGCCAUGGCGGACCUGGGCCGGCAGCUGCACGAGUACCUCGCGCAGUCCAAGGCCGCUGGUGGUGCCGCGGGUCCCAGCGCGGUCCCCGCACCGCCGGUGGCCGGCGACUCGCAGGAGGAGGCGGGGGACGGCGGCGGGCUGCGGGCCUGGCUGGAGGCGCUGAACCCGUUCCCGCCGGGCAGUGCCCCGGGCGCCACGGUGUGGCCUUGGACGGGAGAGGAGGACCCGUGGCUGCCGGGGCUGUCGCGCUGGCAGCGGCUGGCGGGCAGCGGGCUGUGCGUGCUUCUGGCCGCGCUGUGCUUCGGGCUGGCCGGGCUGUGCGUGCCGCUGCUGCUGCUGCGCGCCCGCAAGUUCGCCCUGCUCUGGUCGCUCGGCUCGCUCUGCGCGCUAGGCGCCGCCGCGCUGCUGCGCGGGCCCGCCCGGCUGCUGCGGGAGCCCGGCCGCGGGGCGCUGCUGUACCUCGGGGCGCUCUUCGGGACGCUGUACGCCGCGCUGGCGCUGCGCAGCACAGCGCUCACGGCGCUGGGCGCCGCCGCGCAGCUCGGCAUCGCCGCCGCAGCGCUCCUGGCCGCGCUGCCCGGCGGUGCCGCCGGCCUGCGCCGCCUCGCCGGGCUGCUCCGCUCCGCGGUGUGCGGCCGAGGCAAGGCGGUGCUGCCUCUGUGAGCCCGGCGCGCCGGGGAGGAGCGGCCGCGUCCCCGCGGGAGUCCCUCAGACACGGACCGAGAGCCUCGCGCUGUCGCCAGCCGACUCCCAGACCGGGACUCCGCUUCUCUUCGCCUCCUCCGCGUCCCUGCACGUUUUCCUCGCCAGCGCUCGAGGAGCAACAGCGGGACUGGCAGCCCGGAGCGGCCCCGGUGACUCGGAGCUGCGGGUGCUGUGUGCGGUGUCAGCCUGCCGAGCCGCCCCCGCUGCUCGUUAUCUGCCUUACCGCGCUGCCAGCUCCACAGCCAUGGCUCGGCAUCGCUCCACCUCUGGGUGGGGAGCUGGCAGAGUCCCGCUCAUUCCCGCAGCCCGGGACCGUGUGGCUGCUGCGGCGGCUGCUGCGGACCGCGCGACCGGAGCCCAGGCGGCGGCAUUGUGGACCUGCCCGGUACUGAGGAGCCGCUGAGGUGCGCAAGGCUGACGGAUGCUGAAGCACGAAGAUGAUUUAGCAAAAUGCCAUCGAGGCUAGGGGAGAACAUUGAAAAAUUAACUGGUAUUACCUCAUUUUGUGCUGACCCCUACACUAUGAACACAUACUGGUUUUGCUGUCACCUCAGACCAGUGGUGAAUACGAAGACUGUGGCCACUGAACUGCAUUUCUUUCUAUAAAGCAGCUUUAAAAUAACCAUCCAGAUGGCAGACUAGCAAGCAGUGGUGAUUGCCUGCAUUUUGGAAUUUUGACCUCAGCACCAUUGUAGACAGCUGUGGUUAAAGGUGAAAAUGAAACUUCUCUGUACAUGAUAAACCAAAGCCCUAGGAAUUGGCUC